AUGCUGUCCGAGCGGCUGCGCUGUACCUUUCUGGAGGGGGACGACUUUCACCCCCCAGCCAACAUUGCCACGAUGUCGGCCGGGGUGCCCUUGACCGACGAGGACCGGUGGCCGUGGCUCGAGAGCCUGGCCAGCUGCGCUCGGCGCCACCUCAGCAGUACCUUGGGAAGCAUGCUGUCCGAGCGGCUGCGCUGUACCUUUCUGGAGGGGGACGACUUUCACCCCCCAGCCAACAUUGCCACGAUGUCGGCCGGGGUGCCCUUGACCGACGAGGACCGGUGGCCGUGGCUCGAGAGCCUGGCCAGCUGCGCUCGGCGCCACCUCAGCAGUGGGGAGAGGGUGGUGGUGGCCUGCUCGGCCCUCACGCCAGAGUACAGGCAGUACAUUGCCAGGGCCCUGGGUGAGGCCGCCGCCCCCCUCCUCUUCGUGCUGUUGGACCCUGGAGCGGCGACGCUGGAGGCCCAGGUUGCGCGGCGGGCGCAACAGGGCUCCCAUUUCAUGCCCCCCUCGCUCCUGGCCACCCAGCUGGCCACCCUCCAGUACGCCGAGUCCGAGUGGUACCUCCACAUCGGCGGCGAUCCAUACCCCCAGCUUGAGGCCAUAGCAGAAGCCAUCGUGGCGAGACUGGAGGCCGAUGGGCUGAUCCUGGAAAGUGGGAUCGAUGAGACCCUGGGGUCCGAGUGA